GUAUCGUACACUCUUCGCCGCUCUUUCCAAAGCACUCGCCUAUUAUGGAUGGAAUACAGCUCCGCGAUGAGGCGGUUCGCGAUCGCAUACGAGCUGCAGAGGAGUUCCUCGAUCCGCAGGACCAGAGAGCGCGGAGUUAUCAGGCAGACAUCUUGUUGAUGCUCAACCGCGGGCUACGACGACUCACAGUCAGCAUUGAUGAAAUUCGACAACAUAACAGAGAAAUCGCAGAUGGCCUCCUGAACCAGCCGUUUGACUGGUCACAAGCCUUCGAUCGCGCGCUCUUCAACAUCGUGCAGACCCUACGCAAUCGAGCAACGCAGCAGGUAGAUGAAGAGGCUAUGUACUACUGCGCCUAUGUGGGCAGUUUUGGAGAGUACGCCUGCAACCCGCGCACGCUAUCGUCGCACUACCUGAACCACAUGGUAUCUCUAGAGGGCAUCGUCACAAAAUGCUCGCUUGUGCGGCCCAAGGUCAUCAAGAGCGUGCACUGGAACGAGAGGAAGUCGACUUUUCAUUUCCGCGAAUACCGAGAUCAGACAAUGACUGCCAAUGGAGCUGCAAGCACGAGUGUCUACCCUACAGAAGAUGGCGAGGGAAAUCCGCUGGUUACAGAAUACGGGUACUGCACAUACAGAGAUCACCAGACCAUUUCGAUUCAAGAGAUGCCAGAGAGGGCGCCUGCUGGGCAGCUGCCUCGUGGAGUGGACGUGAUCAUGGACGAUGAUAUGGUGGACAGAGUAAAACCCGGCGACAGAAUACAAUUAGUCGGCAUCUACCGAUCUUUGGGCAAUCGUAACGCUGGCCAGGGCAGUUCCACGUUCAAGACGCUCAUCCUGGCGAACAAUGUGAUUUUGCUGUCAUCGAAGUCGGGAGGUGGAAUUGCGCAGCAGGUCAUCACAGAUGGCGACAUCAGGAACAUCAAUAAGAUUGCGAAAGGGCGAAGGUUGUUCGAUCUGCUCUCGCAGUCACUAGCACCCAGUAUCUAUGGCCACGAUCAUAUCAAGAAGGCAAUUUUGCUCAUGCUCCUGGGUGGCAUGGAGAAGAAUCUGGAUAAUGGAACUCAUCUCCGUGGUGACAUCAACAUACUCAUGGUUGGCGAUCCUUCAACUGCGAAAUCUCAGCUGCUCCGGUUCGUGCUGAACACUGCUCCUCUGGCGAUUGCUACAACCGGUCGCGGGUCAUCUGGUGUCGGUCUCACAGCAGCGGUUACGUCUGACAAAGAGACUGGGGAGCGCCGUCUCGAAGCUGGUGCGAUGGUGCUUGGCGAUCGUGGUGUGGUCUGUAUCGACGAAUUCGACAAGAUGUCCGAUGUCGACCGUGUCGCCAUUCACGAGGUUAUGGAGCAGCAAACUGUCACAAUUGCAAAGGCAGGCAUUCAUACCUCACUCAACGCCCGAUGCUCAGUCAUUGCGGCAGCCAAUCCCAUCUACGGCCAAUACGAUACGCAUAAGGACCCACACAAGAACAUUGCUCUGCCGGACUCCUUGCUCUCGCGAUUUGAUCUGCUCUUCGUAGUCACUGAUGACAUAGAAGAUGUUCGUGAUCGCCAGAUUUCUGAGCACGUUCUGCGUAUGCACCGAUAUCGUCAACCUGGAACGGAGGAAGGCGCUCCAGUACGCGAGCAGCAGACCCAGACACUGGGCGUUGGUCUUGAAGAAGAAGGCGAUACGACAAACAAGACCACCACGCCCUACGAAAAGUUCGAUGCAAUGGUACACAGUGGCGUGACGAUCACGCGAGGUCGCGGUGCGAACCAACGACGUGAAGUUUUGAGUAUUCCUUUCAUCAAGAAGUACAUUCAGUACGCCAAGUCACGUAUCAAGCCCAUCUUGACCAAGGGAGCUGCGGAUCACAUUGUCGCCACUUAUAGCGCGCUUCGGAACGAUGAGAUGGAGGGCAACCAGCGCAAAACUUCACCUAUGACUGCGCGUACAUUGGAAACGCUGAUUCGUUUGGCUACUGCUCAUGCAAAGUCACGACUUUCGAACAGAGUUGAAGAGAAGGAUGCCGAGGUGGCAGAGAGCAUUUUACGGUUUGCUUUGUUCAAAGAAGUUGUGGAGGACGAGCGCAAGCGACGGAAGCGUGCCAGACGAUCCCCAGACCCAGAUGCCAUGUCAACGGACGACUCCGACAGCAGCGACGAUGAUGAUGCCACGAAUCUUCGCCCGAGAGCCAGCGGGUCAACACGCACACGUACUGCAGGGCGGAGCACAAGAAGUACAAACGGCACAAAUGGCAGUGCAGCCGCGCACGGUGGUGCAGAGGAGGAAGGCGAGGAAGACUUGUACACGUCCACUCCGCGCCGCACAGGACAUACCACACAGACGAAUGGCGCGACCAAUUCUCAGGCGAGUAUGGCAUCAUCAUUGCCUGCAUCUCAGCUGCUCCAAGAUGAGUCCCAGCAGACGCAAGAAGAGGAAGACGAGGAGGAAGAAACAACCACGGCACCAAUUUCCGCUCAGCGUGUGCAGGCGUUUCAAACUGCUCUUGGUCAGCUCAUUGAUGGACCUCUAUUCGCAAAUGAUGCUGCAGAUGUCGAGCCGUUGAUUGCUGCAGUCAACGCCCGAUUAAGGAGUGGUGAGGCUCGCUUCGAGGAUGACGAGGCGCAGAAGGCACUAGAAGACCUCAACAGACGCAACAAGAUCAUGUUGAGUGGAGGGAUCGUGUACAAAAUCUAAUCGUCUAAAGGAAGUGUUUGUGCUUGAGUUCUGCUGCAUUGUAUUAUUGCAUGGGCGAACGAUGGGAAUGCAUCUGCUCUCCUUUAUAUAACGUGUACCACGAACGAGUUACAUGUGCCAUGAACGCAUUACACGCUGUAAUUACAGUCAGGCGGUCGCUCACGGCCACCAGCUUUGCGCUUCGUACUUCUUCUUCUAUUUUACAGUGGCUUAGAACUCAAUAUGACCAGCGUGGUCGCUA